AUGAAUCAAGGUAUCUUCGUGCCAGUCUCCAAUGGCUAUGUCGUCGACGAAGAUGCAUUCGGAGAACCACGAAAAUUACGCAUCAUAACCCUCGGAGCAGGCGCCUCGGGAUUGAAUGUGGCCAGGCAGAUUGAACAGCACAUGAAGAAUGUCGAGUUUCAAAUCUACGAAAAGAACGGGGAUGUUGGAGGCACCUGGCUAGAAAAUAAGUAUCCAGGCUGCGCAUGCGACAUCCCCUCUCAUAGCUACCAAUAUACAUGGGCUACGAAUCCAAAUUGGAAGAAAUUCUAUUCGCCUGGCCCAGAGAUCUUGGAAUAUUUCCAGGAUGUUGCAGAUAAAUAUUGUCUGAGGAAAUAUAUCAAAUUCCACCAUCGAAUCAUCUCGACGAUAUGGGACGAGCAAGAGGGAGCCUGGAACAUGAGAAUAAGAAAGUUGGAGACUGGAGAGGAGUUUGAUGACUAUUGCCACUUUUUCAUCAACGCGUCUGGAUUUCUGAACAAUUGGAAAUGGCCAGCGAUUCCAGGUCUCGAGUCUUUCAAGGGCAAUCUGAUGCACAGUGCUGCAUGGAAACCAGAAAGCGAUUUGUCGGGCAAGACAGUGGCGGUCAUUGGAAGUGGCUCGUCGGCAAUUCAGAUUGUGCCUGCAAUACAGCCUCAAGUCAAGCAUCUGACGACGUUCAUUCGAUCGCCAACGUGGGUUACGGCUGGGUUCGCACAGAGCAAAGCAGGCCCUGGAGGAACGAAUUUUGACUUCAGUCCCGAACAGAAAGAAAGCUUUGCCAAAGAUCCGGAGAAGUACUUGGCGUACCGGAAAGACGUGGAGAAAGAGAUGUGCAGCCGUUUCAAAAUGCUUCACAAAGAUACACCUGAACAAAAGGCAGCAGUCGAGUUCUCGACAAAUGACAUGAAAUCCAAGCUGGGUCCGAACAACCCACUUGCAGAGUUCAUCAUCCCAAAAUUCGCAGUCGGAUGUCGACGGCCUACACCGGGAAACGGAUAUUUAGAAUCCCUCACAAAGGACAAUGUCCGCGUAGUCACAGACGAAAUCGAAGAAGUCGUGCCAGAGGGUCUCAUCCUCACAGGUGGAGAGACUUUGAAGGUGGAUGCUAUCAUCUGUGCAACUGGAUUCGAUUUGUCAUUUUGCCCACAAUUCCCCAUUAUUGGAAGGAAUGGUGCGAAUCUUAGUGAACAGUGGAAGGAAAGAGCAACAGCAUACAUGUCGGUAACACCUGAAAAUAUGCCAAAUUACUUCAUGUUUAUGGGCCCCAAUUCUCCUGUUGGUCACGGCUCAGCGAUUCCCAUCAUUGAACACGUAACAAAGUACAUCCUCAAAAUGAUCUACAAGUGCCAGACAGAGUCGAUCAAAGCGCUCUGUCCCUCGCCUUCUGCGAUCCGCGAAUUCACACUCCACGCAGACGUGUUCCUCACUCGUACUGCUUGGAGCACGAAAUGUCGUUCUUGGUUCAAGAAUGGGAAGGUUGAUGGACCUGUCAUGGCGUUGCAUCCAGGUAGUAGGAUACAUUGGUUCCACAUGAUGACACAACCAAGGUACGAGGAUUGGGAAUGGACGAGGUUAAACCCUUUAAAUCGGUUUGCUUAUUUGGGUAACGGAUUUAGUGUGAGGGAGGCGCGGGGCAAAGAUCUCACUUGGUACUUUGAUGAUCCCAAUGAGGGGUACGAAGGGUUUCUGUAUUGA